CCCUUCCUCACCAGCGACAUCCUGUUUCUGGCUGAGAGAUAUCGGCAUUAGGCCGACACAGAGCGAUCAGGGUGCCGAUCCAGCACACCAGGGCGUGACAGCGCGAGCACGGGCGAGCGAGCUGUUCAGGGAAGCAUAGUGUGAACGAGUCGAGCAAAUCUGUGUUCUGGUGGCAUCAACCCAGCGCUCAGCCUCUUCGUUUCUGGGCCGAACCAGCCCCGUCCAUAAGCUUCCGAAAAUGUCAUUUCCGGGCGAUGGCAACGCCAGAGUUGUGGCGGGCCACUACAACGCCCGGCCACAGGUCAACCGCUUUCAGCGGCAGCGGUCGCCCAUCUUCCACCUCAAAAACUUCAACAACUGGGUCAAGUCUUGCUUGAUCCGCACCUACUGCAAGCCCGGCGACAAUGUGCUGGAUUUUUGCUGCGGCAAAGGCGGCGAUCUGCAGAAAUGGGAUAAAAGCCGAAUUGCCUCCCUGGUCGGCGUAGAUAUCGCAGAUGUCUCGAUCCAGCAUGCCCAGCAGCGCUGCGCGGAAAGCCCGCCUCAGUUCCGCUAUCGGUUUAUCGUCAAGGAUGCGUUCAAGGACGAGUUGUUUGCCAAGGACAGCGACCUGGGUCCUUUCGAUCUCGUCAGCUGCCAGUUCUCGCUGCACUACUCGUUCGAAACCGAGAAGCAGGCACGCCAGGCGAUGCGCAAUGUCUCGUCUCGCCUGAGAGAAGGCGGCCAUUUUAUCGGCACGAUCCCGAAUGCAUACCGGCUGGUGAAGAAACUGUUCGAAACGCCUGACGGCGCCUUCGGCAACAGCAUCUAUUCGGUCAAGUUUGCCCAGCGAUACGAAAGCGAAAAGAGCAUUCCCACCUUUGGGGCCAAGUACACGUUCCAUUUGGAGGAUGCCAUCGACAGCUGUCCUGAAUACCUGAUUCCCAUGAACGUUCUCGAGCUGAUUGCGAGAGAGUACGGCCUUGAGCUCGUUUACAACAAAGAAUUCCUCAACUUUUAUGAAGAAAAGCACAAAGAGUCCGAACCCCGACACCUCUUGGACAGGAUGAAGGUCGUCAAUUCCGAGGGCACCAUGGCCGAGGAUGAGUGGAGGGUUGCAGAUCUCUACCUUGCGUUUGCCUUCGUGAAGCGAUCUGCGGGUUCGCUCGCUACGUAGUCCCAACCAAAGCACAGCCUCGCUUCGACUUAGUCCCCAGGCUAUAUCUGGGCGCAUCGCAUGCCACCUUCGCCCCGAGAGUGGUUCGCCAACGGCUGGUGCCGCACCAGGCCCUGAUACGGCGCUUCAUCCACGCACCACUCCCUUCCACCCCAGCCAAAAUGCUACCCUGGGAUUUCAGAUCCUGCAUUUCUUCACCAGCUGCUCUGUUCUGGCUGCUGAAUACAGGGGCGCUUAUCCAUUCCCAUGAGUAUCCAGAGCACUCACGACAGAGCCGUGCCGGAAUCUCUCUCACACGCCUGGGAACUAUCGUCUGGAAGAGUUGUAUC